AUGAGUAGCUCGCUCACAGGCUUCAAUCUGACAACAGGGAGCGCGAGCCAGGUAACCCCUAACGGACUGGUCAGUUACGAGGUCAGAGAGGUCAUCGUGACGGUGAAUAUUUUCUUCGGAGAGAUCGUCGGCUUUCUGGGCAUCAUCGCCAACGUCAUCAACAUCGUCGUGUUCGCCAAGAACGGCUUCGACGACACCGUCAACAUCAGCUUGACCGCCCUCGCCGUCGGUGACAUCGGGGCCCUGGUCACGCUCCAGUGGUUCAACAUCAUAGUCAACCCCUGGUUCCUGCGGCUCGACCUACCUUUCCUGCCCUUGGAGAUCCAGAGUCUCACCGCCGGCUACCCGCACAACUAUUUCAUCAAAUGCACCGGGUUCAUCACCGCCUUCGUGGCGUUCGAGCGCUGCCUCUGCGUGUACUCCCCGCUCAAGGUCAGGCGGAUCAUCACCAAGAGGGUGUCCGUCGCCUUCAACACCAGCGUGUUUUUCGCCAUCGCCCUGACGAUGUUCCCCGUGUACUACACGGCGUACUACGACUGGAAGCUUGACGCGCGGCUCAACCGCACGGUCCUCGGGAUCUUCUACGCCAAGAACAUCAACGAGGUCCUGGGCCCGUCCCUCUUUCUCACGAACUCCGCGGUGCCGCUGACGGCCUUCCUCGUCAUCAUCGUCUGCAACGUCGUCAUCGGGGUCAAGCUGAGGAGCAAAGCCCAGUGGAGGCAGACCGCUUCCGGGGCCGCCAUCGCCAACCCUGCGACGGCGGCCACCGUCCGAGAGAAGCGGCUGGUCGUCAUGAUCGUGACGGUCUCGGUGAUAUUCAUCGUCUGCUUCACCCCGUCGUCCGCCCUGCUGUCGGCCCGCGCGGUCGUGUCGGAGCUGAGCAUCAACGGGGCUUUCUCCAACAUCAACUGGAUCGUGGCCACGUACGCCCUGCAGAUGGAGACGGUGAACUCCAGCAUCACCAUUGUGGUUUACUAUCGCAUGAGCACCAAGUACAGAGACACGUUCAGGCUUCUGAUUGCGCGACGACGGGGGCCUCCAGCCACACGGAAAUCAAGUCGG